AUGCAAAGAACAUUCCGUUUCUAUCGUGUCAACUCCAAUAUAUUAUUGCAACGAAAUCUUAGUGAUAAAACAAAGUCACAAACGAAACAGUCAUCAGUAGUCGUUGACGCUUGGGGUCAACACGUCACUCUACGCCAUGUUCAAGAUCCUAUGUUUGAUAGUUUACGUCGUUGGACCAAAGCACUCAAUUAUCACGAAGCACCUAGCGUUCCUUCGACGAUUGCAGCACUUGACGAAGCAGGUGUUGAUCGUAUGUUAAUUAGUGCAUGGUACGCACCGAAUAAUAUCAUGAUAUCGAACGAAGAAGUUUUCAAUUUUGUAUCUCAAUCCAAUGGACGACUCGUUGGCGUUGGUUCAGUCGAUAUAAGUCGACCGCAGUUAGUUAUGCGCGAAAUUCGUCGCUGUAUUGAAAAAUACGGUUUUAAAGCUAUUCGUGUUCUUCCGUGGUUGUUUCAAGUACCACCAACUGAUCGACGGUUUUAUCCGGUGUAUACUGCGUGCUGUGAAUUGAAUGUUCCAUUCUGUACACAAAUUGGUCAUACUGGUCCGUUGAUGCCAUCGGAGGUUGGUCGUCCUAUCUAUCUCGAUCAAGUGGCACUUGAUUUUCCCGAUUUAACCAUCGUCGGAGGACAUAUCGGCUAUCCGUGGACAGAAGAAGCUAUUGCCGUUGCAACGAAACACCCCAACGUGUAUAUUGAUACAUCAGCUUAUACUAUUCGACGUUAUCCUCGUGUACUUAUUGAGUAUAUGCGCGAUACUGGUCGGAAGAAAGUUCUAUUUGGUUCAAACUAUCCAAUGAUCAAUCCGGUUAAAGCACUUGAAGAUUUAGAUACGUUAGGACUGGAUGAAUCUACGCGUGCUCUCUUCCUUAGUCAAAAUGCUGUACGUGUGUUUCGACUUUAG